UAAAACCAAGCCAGCAACCCGCUUGUGGCUUCACAGUGAUAACAAGUGGGUUGUUGUGGUACAGUGCUCGCAGUUAUUUCCUGGAGAACAGACCUGCCUUACAACACAUUCACAGUCUUUUAUAACUGUUCACUUCUGAAGAACACAUCACACCUGGGUGAGGAUGGUGAUGCUGGUGGUGCUGGCGGUGUUGGUGGUGGUGGUGACGGCAGUGUUAGCAUACUCUAAGCACCACCUCAACUACUGGGCAUUGCGUGGGGUGCCCACUGCCCCUGGGGCACUGCCCAUCCUGGGUCACAUGCAUAAGUUCAUCUCCAAGAAGUACCCAAGAUGGCUGUAUGCUGACGAGGUUUACAGGAGCCUCGGGGAUUCAACUGUGUGUGGGUUCUACGAGAUGAUGAAACCCACGCUGAUGAUUGCUGACCCAGAGCUUGUCAAAGCAGUACUGAUCAAGGACUUCGACUACUUCGUCGACCGUCGAAUCUUCAACUUUACCUCAGACAAGGAUGAGAUCCUCAAUGAGAUGCUGACACAAGCCUCAGGGACCCACUGGAAAGGCAUCCGCUCCGUGCUGUCUCCCAGCUUCACAUCCGGCCGGAUGAAGGGAAUGUAUCCACUUGUGGAGCAGAAGGCUGAUGCUCUGUUGGAUUACAUUCACAGAGAGUUGAAGACCAAAACAUCCAUUAAGCUGAAGAAAUGUUUUGGUCUCUACACCCUAGAGGUCAUCUCAUCCUGCGCCUUUGGCAUGGACACCAACUCACUCAGAGACGGCCAUUCCACAUUCAACACACAGGUGGAAAACAUUUUCAAGACCAGCACAAUCAGAAUGAUAAAAAUAAUAUUCUUCUUAUGUUUCCCCAAGCUCAGCAACGUCCUGAAGAUGAGCUUCACCCAGCCUGAGGUAUUCUUCUUCAGGGACGUGAUAAUAGAGACUAUCAAGCAGCGAGAAGCAGGAGAGAAGAGAGGAGACUUCCUGGAUCUCAUGAUGGAGUCCAGAGACCACCAGAGUGACCCCACCUCCAAGACUUCUAAAUAUCCACUGAAGAUGAGUACCAUAGUAGCUGAGAGCAUCCUGUUCAUCCUAGCUGGCUACGACACCACAGCCAACACAAUCUCCUUUGUCGCCUUCCUCCUAGCUCAGCACCAGUCCCACCAACAGCGCCUUCGUCAGGAACUGAGAGAGAUCGCUGUGGAUGGAACAAUCUCCUACCAAGAUCUUAUGGAGGCCAAGUACCUGGAUGCUUGCAUCUCAGAGACCCUGAGACUGUACCCAGUGGCACACUUCACAGAGAGGCAAUGCACUAAGCCUUACACCGUUCCUGGGACCAAGGUGGUCCUUACUGAGAAGUCUGUAAUUGGAAUACCCAUCUGGAGUCUUCACCACGACCCUCGAUACUGGUCUGACCCUGAGACCUUCUCUCCAGACCGCUUCCUGCCACCCAACAAGGACCAGAUUAAGUCAGGCACUUACCUGCCCUUCGGUCUAGGACCCAGAAACUGUAUUGGAAUGAGGUUCGCCUUGAUGGAGGCCAAGUUAGUGCUGGCCAAGAUACUGCUACACUACGAGAUGACUUGUGUCCCUGGCAAAGACUCCCUCACUCUUAGUGAAGUCCCUGGUCUCAUGAGACCCUCUGAAGACCUCUCCCUAGUCUUCACACCCAUGACUCAGGAGUAAGACCACCAAGAAAUAGGGACCACCACCCUAUUCCUCGCAGUAAACCUGACACUCGUGAACCAACUGAUGUGAAAUCGGCACAAACUAAAAUGGAAAAAUAAAGUGUUUCUGAAAAGUUCAUAGUCUGGGACCUGUGUUACUGCAGUUGUACACCUGAGUGCACUGGCAGGAGUUUGUGCAAUCAGAGAAGCUCCUGAGUGGACCUGGGUCACUGCAGGUGUACACCUGAGUGCUAUGACAGGAGUUUGUGCAAUCAGAGAGGCACCUGAGUGGCAGUGAGGUGUACGGGUUAUACCUUGACAAAAACCUGAAUUUCAGCACCCAUAUCCAUCAUAUAACCAAAAAAGUAUCCAAAACGGUUGGGAUCCUCUCCAAGAUACGAUAUUACGUGCUGCAAAAUGCCCUUCUCACACUAUACCACUAACUUAUUUAUCCAUACCUCACCUAUGCUAUUUGUGCUUGGGGAUCAACUGCAGCAACACACCUAAAGCCAAUAAUAACCCAACAAAAAGCUGCAGUAAGAAUAAUCACUAAAUCCCAUCCCUGGCAACACACCCCCCCACUCUUCAUAGACCUAAACUUACUCCCUGUUCAGUACAUCCACACUUACUACUGUGCAAUCUACAUCUACAGGGCCUUAAACUCUAAUAUCAACCUUGACCUAAAACGCUUUCUUGAUAGUUGUGACAGAACCCACAGGCAUAACACCAGACACAAACAUCUCUACGACAUUCCCCGUGUCCGACUAAACCUUUACAAAAAUUCAAUGUAUGUCAAAGGCCCUAAAAUCUGGAAUACCCUACCUGAGAACUCUAGAACUGCAGACACAUUCAUCAACUUCAAAACUACCAUUAGAAAACAUCUUAUCUCCCUGAUACACCCCGUCAACUAACUACACGAAUACCACCUGGUGGUUCACACUUACACUCACUCACUCAUUUGACCAUAAACAGAAAUAUUAAUCUCAAUCUUAAAAUAAUGAAUCCUGUGAUAUUCCAAUACUUACCUGGAGUUUACCUGGAGAGAGUUUCGGGGGUCAACGCCCCCGCGGCCCGGUCUGUGACCAGGCCUCCUGGUGGAUCAGAGCCUGAUCAACCAGGCUGUUGCUGCUGGCUGCACGCAAACCAACGUACGAGCCACAGCCCGGCUGAUCAGGAACUGACUUUAGGUGCUUGUCCAGUGCCAGCUUGAAGACUGCCAGGGGUCUGUUGGUAAUCCCCCUUAUGUGUGCUGGGAGGCAGUUGAACAGUCUCGGGCCCCUGACACUUAUUGUAUGGUCUCUUAACGUGCUAGUGACACCCCUGCUUUUCAUUGGGGGGAUGUUGCAUCGUCUGCCAAGUCUUUUGCUUUCGUAGUGAGUGAUUUUCGUGUGCAAGUUCGGUACUAGUCCCUCUAGGAUUUUCCAGGUGUAUAUAAUCAUGUAUCUCUCCCUCCUGCGUUCCAGGGAAUACAGGUUUAGAAACCUCAAGCGCUCCCAGUAAUUGAGAUGUUUUAUCUCCGUUAUGCGCGCCGUGAAAGUUCUCUGUACAUUUUCUAGGUCGGCAAUUUCACCUGCCUUGAAAGGUGCUGUUAGAGUGCAGCAAUAUUCCAGCCUGAAACUAUGUACUGUGCCAAAACAAAAGCAUUCACAUUGCUAAACUCACAAAGUAGUAUUUAGUCACUUAGCCAUAAUACCAACUUGCCUCAUAAUUUGUAAUAUGUUACAAUUAAGAAUAAAACUAAGUCUGCCCGAAAUGCCUAGCCAUGCUAAGCGUUCUAGUGGUACACUCUGUAAUCACUAUUUUACAACAUGUAAACCACACAAUAACCAAAUUUCUGUAAACUCAGCAUUGUAAUCCUUAUAGAGAAUAAACUUUGAAUUGAAUUUGAAUUGAUUGGAUGGCCGUAAAAUCGGAGAAAUGUGAAUAGAGAAAAGACAUGAUCGAAGACAGUCUGUUUACUGUCGUGUAUUAGUCAGACACAGAUACUGGCUACCACAAUCUCCCAGGUACUGUGUAGCACAACCUCCCAGGUACUGGCUAGCACAACGUCCCAGGUACUUGGUAGCACAACGUUCCAGGUACUGGCUAGCACAACGUCCCAGGUACUGGCUAGCACAACCUUCCAGGUACUGGCUAGAACAACUUCCCAGGUACUUGGUAGCACAACGUUCCAGGUACUGGCUAGCAAAACUUCCCAGGUACUGGCUAGCACAACGUCUAAGGUACUGGCUAGCACAACGUUCCAGGUACUGGCUAGCACAACGUCCCAAGUACUGGCUAGCACAACGUCCCAGGUACUGGCUAGCACGACCUCCCAGGUACUGGCUAGCACAACGCCACAGGUACUGGCUAGCACAAUUUCCCAGGUACUGGCUAGCACAACCUCCCAGGUACUAGCUAGCGCAACGUCCCAGGUACUUGCUAGCACAACCUCCCAGAUACUGGCUAGCAUAACAUCCCAGGUACUUGCUAGCACAACGUCCCAGGCACUGGCUAGCACAACCUCCCAGGUACUGGCUAGCACAACGCCCCAAGUACUGGCUAGCACAAUUUCCCAGGUACUGGCUAGCACAACGUCCCAGGUACUGGCUAGCACAACGCCCCAGGUACUGGCUAGCACAAUUUCCCAGGUACGGGCUAGCACAACCUCCCAGGUACUGGCUAGUACAACCUCCCAGGUACUGCUAGCACAACCUCCCAGGUACUGACUAGCACAACCUCCUUGGUACUAGCUAGCAUAAUCUCAAUGAUACUAGCUAGCAGCACCCUCCAGGUACUAGCUAGCAGCACCUGCCGGGUACUAGCUAGCAGUACCUGCAAGGGUAUAGCUAGCAGCACCUGCCAUGUAUUAGCUAGCAUCACCUGCCAGGUACUAACUAGCUUCACCUGCCAGGUACUAACUAGCUUCACCUGCCAGGUACUAACUAGCUUCACCUGCCAGGUACUAACUAGCUUCACCUGCCAGGUACUAACUAGCUUCAACUGCCAGGUACUAGCUAGCAGCACAAGCUACUUAUGUACUUAUAGUAAGCACACGCUCAUGGAUACACAUGUAAACUUGUUGUAGUGAUACUGCUCCUGUGGGGAGCAGCAACAGGAUAAUACUGCACCACCUCUCGGGGCCCUUAACAACAACAACAGUUUGGUGUGUGUCAUGGGCGCCAACACAUUGUGUGUGAUUCUCUUCUUUUACAUCAAUAUAUUAGUGAUGCAGAUUACAUGGUGAGUUUAAAUAUGUGGCCUGUAGUUAUAACUUUUCUCUUGACAUAUGCAAGACAUCACCAUCCCUGUAGAAGCCAUUAUUAGAUGUACUAGUCAUUAUAUUUUGUUGUUGCAGAAGUACUAUGAAGAUUCUAUGUUCAAUAAAGCCUAGAGAUAA